AUGAACCUUAUGUUCAGAAAGAACUUCAGGGAACAAAAAACAGGAAUCAGCACCUCAAAGGGUGUCAGAGGGACACCAGGAAGACACACGAAUAAGCGAUGCUUGAAGGACCAAAAUUACAGUUACGUGGAUGAGCACCACUUGAAGACCCACGUGUUCUUACGGAUUCCCAAAAGUAACUACGUGCAAGACGAUUCGGAUGAGCCGAGGUGCGGUCCAAUGACUGGCGCGGGUGUCGGAGAGCCUCCUCCUGCCGCCACGACCAUAUCCCCUGCCAUGAGCGAAUCGGACCUGCCUAAACCCUUAAUCAAUAGGACCCCAUCGGUGAACCUCAAAUGGCCUUCUAAUCAAAACACGGAACGAGUCACUCCGUCACGACAGGUGAGCUUUAACAACGGUAACACGGACCUAGCGAAGUCGCUAUCGGGUGUUGAAAAAGACUGUUUUAUAAUUCCCAUACACAGUUUAGAUAGAUUUCUUCCCGCGGGAGUACCUAUGCCAAAGCGUCCACCUCCGUCUCAUCACGGAGGAAAUUCGAUGGAGCGAAAACCGCAAAACAGCACGUUACAAGUGAUGGAAGUACCUGAUCCGAAAUUAUGUGUCUUAUGUCACCUUAUGAGCCAACUGGAACCAAUUGAUCCCAUAUUAGAAACGCCGCUGAUACAGCCGCUUUUUAAACAAAAAGUUACCGCCGGAGAACUCGUUAAUGAGGUGGCAAUGGCUAAAACGGCGGUAACCGGGAUGUUGCUUGUUAAUAUGGAAAGAAAUGCGGAGUUUCCCUUUAUUAGCUACUACGUCAUUAAUACCGCACAAACCAACCCCGUAAUGUUUUAUAAUAAUUUACGCACUGCCAGUUUAACUAAGUUCGAUCCAAGGGCUACUAGGUACACAGCAGCUCACACCUUAGAUUUAUAUAGUGAAGUGGCUGCUAUAUGUAGACCACCGAUUUUCGAGAUAGGGGUGCCUUUAUCGAAGUGUCAUAAUCCAAACACGGGAUACAUCAUAUCCGUUUACAAAGUGUUCGAGGGUGACGAUCGGGAAAUUUUCGAAAGAAAUUGGCUUUAUUGGACAGGUGCCAGGAUGAUCUACAGAUAUCUACCGCAAAAAGCGGGUCUACGUAAGAUAUCGCUUCACAAAUCGCUGACACCAAAAGGGGACAAAAUGUACAUACUGAUGUGCGAGUGCGCCAAUUUGUUACCGGAUGUGACCGUAUGUGCCUUACUACUGCCAGCUUUAAGGGCCCGAUUGACCGGUUAUACGGGACUUUUUAAGCCUAUACAAUCAUUUUAACUUAUACUGUUUAUAUUUAAAAAAAAAGCUUAAACUUUAUUUCUGAUAGUUAUUUUCUGAAGUUUUUAAUUGUUAAUGCACCUUAAUAAAAAGACACAUUA